CAGGGCCGCGGCACAUGGGCGGCCGGAUGAGCUGAGCCGGGCGCUGCGGGGCCGCGGAGCGCGGGGGAGCAGCGGCCGCCGGCGCGGGGAGGGGGGUGGGGCGGGCCGGCGCGCCGCCUCGGGUGCUGGCACUAGGCGCCAGGGUCGGCGCGGUGCCUUCUGCCCUUCUGCAGCCGUCGACAUUUUUUUUUCUUUCUUUCUCUCUUUUUUUUUUUUUUUUUGCAAUUUUGAACAUUUUGCAAGACGAGGGGUUCGAGGCAGGUGAGAGCAUCCUGCGCGUCGCCGGGGAACCCGCGGGCACUUGGCGCGCUCUCCUGGGACCGACUGUACUGGAAACCCGAAAGUUUUUUUUUAUUUUUUUGAAAUACAUAUUUUUAUGUAGAUGUAUUUAUAAGGCUACAAGUAAUUUUUUUUCUUCCCUUGUCUCCAGCGCUUUGAAAGCGAGUACUUUUGGCAGAGGACGCAGGAAAAGCUCAGCAACAUUUUGGGGGGGGGAGGACGGUUGAAUCUUUUGGUGUUUUUUUUUUUUAUUUUAUUUUUGGAGGAAAAAUAAUUGAGUCCAUCGCGAUGGAGAAAAUGUCCCGACCGCUCCCCCUGAACCCCACCUUUAUCCCGCCUCCCUACGGCGUGCUCAGGUCCCUGCUGGAGAACCCGCUGAAGCUCCCCCUUCACCACGAAGACGCAUUUGGUAAAGACAAAGACAAGGAAAAGAAGCUGGAUGAUGAGAGUAACAGCCCGACGGUCCCCCAGUCGGCGUUCUUGGGGCCCACCUUAUGGGACAAAACCCUUCCCUAUGACGGAGAUACUUUCCAGUUGGAAUACAUGGACCUGGAGGAGUUUUUGUCAGAAAAUGGCAUUCCCCCCAGCCCGUCUCAGCACGACCACAGCCCUCACCCUCCCGGGCUGCAGCCGGCUUCCUCUGCGGCCCCCUUGGUCAUGGACCUCAGCAACCGGGCCUCUGCACCCAUUCACCCCGGUAUCCCGUCUCCAAACUGCAUGCAGAGCCCCAUCAGACCAGGUCAGCUGUUGCCAGCAAACCGCAAUACACCGAGUCCCAUCGAUCCUGACACCAUCCAGGUCCCGGUGGGUUAUGAGCCAGACCCGGCAGAUCUCGCCCUCUCCAGCAUCCCUGGCCAGGAAAUGUUUGACCCUCGUAAACGCAAGUUCUCCGAGGAAGAACUGAAGCCACAACCUAUGAUUAAGAAAGCUCGCAAAGUCUUCAUCCCUGAUGAUCUGAAGGAUGACAAGUACUGGGCAAGGCGCAGAAAGAACAACAUGGCGGCCAAGCGCUCCCGUGACGCCCGGCGGCUGAAGGAGAAUCAGAUUGCCAUCCGGGCUUCGUUCCUUGAGAAGGAGAACUCGGCCCUCCGCCAGGAGGUGGCUGACUUGAGGAAGGAGCUGGGCAAAUGCAAGAACAUACUUGCCAAGUAUGAGGCCAGGCAUGGGCCCCUGUAGGAUGGCAUUUUUGUGGGCUGGCUUUUGAAUAGGUGGACAGUUUGUUUCCUGUCUGAUAGCACCACACCCAAACCAACCUUUCUGACAUCAGCACUUUACCAGAGGCAUAAACACAACUGACUCCCAUUUUGGCAUACAUCUGUGUGUGCGUGUGCGUUUGUGUGUGUGUGUGUAUGUGCUUGUGCUCAUGUGUGUGGUCAGCAACGUGUGUGUGUGCGUGCGUGUUCCUUUGCACUUGCCAUUUUAAGAUAGCCCUCUCAUCGUCUUUUAGUUCCAAAAAAGAAAGGUGCCAUGUUUCUACUAGACUUUGGAGCCCUCGCGUGGGUUUCCCGCCCUCACCCUUCUUCUCCACUCCUGCCCUUUCUGCGUUGCUCCGUGUUCGAGCUUACCUACUCCUCCAGGACUCUCUGCUUGGAUUCACCAAGAAGGGGCCCUGGUUAAAUAGUGGAUCUCAGUUUUUAAGAGUACAAGAUUUUGUUUCUGUUUAAUCUGUAAGUUGCCAUGCUAAUAAGGUGCACAAACUAACUUAUCACUACACUGCAGCUCUCUUCCUUUAUAGGUUGCUUUCUUCUUAUUUUCAGUUUUGGUGAUAAUUGUCUUCAAAUUUAAAGUGCUGUUUAGAUUUAUUAGAUCCCAUAUUUACUUACUGCUAUCAACUAAGUUUCCUUUUCAAUUCUACCAACCCCAGAUAAGUAAGAGUACUAUUAUAGAACACAGAGUGUGUUUUUGCACUGUCUAUACCUAAAGCAAUAAUCCUAUUGUACGCUAGAGCAUGCUGCCUGAGUAUUACUAGUGGACGUAGGAUAUUUUCCCUACCUAAGAAUUUCACUGUCUUUUAAAAAACAAAAUUAAAGUAAUGCAUUUGAGCAUGAUCAGAACAUCCCUAGGACAAGGAAGCAGAGGGAAAUGGGAGGUCUAAGAAUGAGGGGUUAAUUUAUCAGUACAUGAGCCAAAAAAAUGCGUCUUGGACUAGCCUUUGACAUCGAUACGUUUGGUUUUGUUGUCUCCCCUCUCCCAUACCCCAUCCCACUCCCACUUUUCUAUUAACUUUUUCCACAUCCCUCUUGAUAUUCAAAACAAUUCAAUUACUUAAGAUUCAGUUUUCCCAUUUUUUUUUUGGUAAUACAUAUAUUUUUGUGAAUUAUACUUUUGCUGUUUUUCAAAAAGCAGUUAAUUGAGUUAAGUUGAUGUUUUUGUAAGACCCUUUUUCCUAGUGGUGUCCUUUUUGAAUGCCUCAUAAAUUAAUGAUUCUGGCGCUUAUGUUUCUUAUUCUCUGUUUGCUUUUGAACGUAUGUGCUCUUUUAAGUGGACUUCUGAAAAAUGAAUGUAAAAGACACUGGUGUAUCUCAGAAGCGGAUGGUGUUGUCACAAACUGUGGUUUAAUCCAAUCAAUUUAAAUGUUUACUAUAGACCAAAAGGAGAGAUUAUUAAAUUGUUUAAUGUUUAUACAGAGUAAUUAUAGGAAGUUCUUUUUUGUACAGUAUUUUUCAGAUAUAAAUACUGACAAUGUAUUUUGGAAGACAUAUAUUAUAUAUAGAAAAGAAAAAAAGGAAAACUAUUCCAUGUUUUAAAAUUAUAUAGCAAAGAUAUAUAUUCACCAAUGUUGUACAGAGAAGCCGCGCUUGGGGGUUUUUGAAGCGUUUAAUAUUUUAAGCCUAUCACUGACACAUCAGCAUGUUUUCUGCUUUAAAUUAAAAUUUUAUGACAGUACCGAAGUUUGCCAUGACGAAUCCUGCUCCGAAAUACAUAAGGAGCUUUCUUGUUUCUUAUUAGGGCCUUCAGAAAGAAGUCAGCGAAAAUCACCCAAAAGCACAAAAUGGAUUUUAGUCAAAUAUUUAUUGGAUGAUACAGUGUUUUUUUAGGAAAAGCAUCUGCCACAAAAAUGUUCACUUCAAAAUUCUGAGUUCCUGGAAUGGAGCGUCACCGCCAGUGCCCCAGACAGUUCUGUGCCUGUCUGGGGGCCCCUGCGUCCUACGCAGUGCGUGAGGUCGAUACGGGUGCUAUGUGUACGGUUCGUGAUGUGACAGAUGUCUUGACUUUACAGGUGACCGUUCCUUUGUUUCAUUGAGUUGUAUAAUGUCAAGAGAUUCUGCUAUUACCGCAAAGAGACAUUUUGUGCUACAUUAAAAUACCCUUUCCUAGAUGGAAUUUUCUAGUUUCCUGCCUCCAGAUUAUCUAAUUCUUUAAUGAGCUGGCGGUGUCCUUAUCAAUCUGUCAGUAGUGAUUCCCUCGUAGUGUCAUAGCCUCGGGAAACUCGACCAGUAGGAUGUUCCUCCAAGGAAUCCAUUUUUUUCCCAAGCUACAGACAAUGACAAGAGACAGGGGGGAGCGCUGGAAUCGAAAUACAUUGUGCUAGUGAAUAACUAACAAAAUAAACAAACCCUUUGGCAAUCUUAAGCAGAACCGAAGAAGAGAUGCUCAGGAAGAGACACAAGUGGACGUAGAGUUGGCCGUUUUACAGGCAAAGAGGCUAAUUGCAGAGUUGUUAAAUGCCAGUAGUCAUUAAAACAAAACCAUUAUAUCUUUCCGUGGAGAAGUGUUGAAGGAUUGUACCGUGGACCAUCCAAAGUGAUGGCAGUAUCAAAUGGUAGCUGAAAAAGAAAGAAACAAAAAACAACUAUAUUUGAGCACUGGUCUUUCUUGGAAUUAGAUGAUUAUAUAAAAAUGAGUAUCACAAAUGUUUUCUGCAGAAGAAAUAAAAAGAUCAUAAUAAAACGUAUUCUUUUGUGUGCCAGGAGAGGUUUCAGAAACCUACCUCGUCUUAAAUAUUUAAACACUUUGGAGUCUGUACAGGUGCCUUAUACGUAGGUCAUUCUCAUGACACACACACAGGAACGCUCACUCCUGGACUGGCUGCCUGCGUGUCCAGGGACGUUAACUAGGAAAUGAGGCAGAGCUGCUCAGUGGAGAGGGAAGCCAUGGCUUGACUUUGAGUGACAUGGGCCAACCCAGGUCAAAAGAGUGCCUGCAGACUGCAGCUAUUAUAAGAGUCCUAUUGUCAUUUUUCCACCUUUUCAUCCUAAGCAACUUCCAGAGAUUAAUUAUUUGGCUAUUAAAAAUGAAUCCAAGUCAUAUCAUGCUGACAUCCUUUAGACACGAUUUAAAAUGAGCAGCAUAGGAUGACCUGGUUGGAUCACAUUGUUGUUUCUUUUUACUAGAAUUGGCAAAGGCAAAAAUUGACCAGCAUCUCUUUCUGCAGGUACUACCUUGAGGAAAGAGGUAGAGGAUGGGAGGGCUGUAAAUGAUCCCUUCUUCCUCUUGAGAAAGUGGCCACUGUGGGCAAUACAAAAGCCACAGAAGGCAAGAUUGUGAUAGGCCUUUUGUCUUCAAAUACAACAGGCCUCCCUGGAUCCACCCCUCCGGACAGAAGGCCCGUUUGUUUGAGGAGAAUGCAGAUGGAAUUCUGGCAUUGGGUGAAUGGGAAGCCGAAGUAGAUCACCCAGGGAAUCCUGCUAGCCCACUGGUUUUGCCAGGGAACUCAAUAAUUCCAAAUGUACAAUACAUCUAGAAGGUCCAGGGUCUGUUUUCAGCAGAGUCAAGAAGAAUUGUAAGUGGUGUCCUCCCCCUGUGCCCCAGGGUAAAACAACAGACAUUCUAUAAAAUGCAAAAUUAUACUUCACCUUUUCUAAUAGUUCAUCUAACUUUCCCCUAAUGUUCCUUUUGGGAAAACUCAAACUUUAUCAUAGUCCAUUGGAGCGAUCCCAAGGCAGGCAGACUUGGCCUGCUUGUCUGCGCGUGGCGGGUGGAGACCUGGAUUCAACACUGGGGGCAGCAGCCUGCAGGUGCCCAGGGCUGGGUGUUUUGCCCUCCACAUGGUGGACACCUUCCACCUCAGUCUGCUUCACUUCCGGCUCAGGGCUCCUAUGUACCCCCCACUGGUGAGGCCAAGAUCUCCUCCAGGGUUUUCCUAUUAUGAAUAAUGUCACUUAAAAAAAUGAGCAAAGCCUUAUCUGAAUCCGGAUUUAGCAACUAAAGUCAAUAUGUUUUGCAGGGGGGCCAAAUGUGUGUAGGGGUGUGUGUGUGUGUGUGUGUGCAUGAAUAUUUAGGUUGACAUAAAAUCUUUAAUUUUUGAGCACCUUACCAAACAUAACAAUAAUCUAUUAUCCUUUUGGCAACACCACAAAGAUCGCAUCUGUUAAACAGGUACAAGUUGACAUGAGGUUAGUUUCAUUGUACACCAUGAUACUGGUGGUAUUUAUGCUAUUAAGUCCAAACCUUUAUCUGUCUGUGAUUCUUAAUGUUCAAUAAACUUUGAAUUUUUUUCCUUUC